UUGGUGUCCCGGUGACCGUGAGUGAGGAAGCCGCUCCUGUGCGCAUUACUGCCACACAAGCCGCUCUCCAGGCAGGGCAGUCAUGUCUUAUCGUGAUUUAAACAUUCAUUAAUAAAUCCGCUCACCCGUAAUUGCACAAGAAUGGCGGAUCCGGAGACCCUCGCCCUGGACGUGGAGAGGGAGUUUCAAAAGGUCCUCGCUCAGAUCGGCGGUCGGGAGAGGAUUUAUCUGGUCAGCGAUGCCCGCACGAGUGAAGAGGUGGACGGAGAUGACGUGGGAGUGUUGCACGAGUUCCUGCGUGACAUGUUUCACAUCAGCAUCCCCGCAAGCAGCCGAGAACAAGAGCCCCGGCCCUCCCCGCAAAUCAAUGGCGAUGCCGAGAGCGAGCAGCCCUGCAGGGCACGGAUCGAUAACAAACCCGUGACUGAGAAAAGCGUUGAGGUCGAGCUGAAGGAGAAGCGGAGGACGCAGACGCACGGCGCUCAGAAAAUAACAGCCGCGACCAGGACUAAUAUCUACAGCACGAAGCGGGCGAUAGACGUCCCCGUCAUCGUGUUGUUAUUUAGGCAGAGCUUCUUUAAACAAGGUCCGAACGAGCUGUGUCUCAGGGAGAUAUUGAAGGACGUGAAGGCGCGCACCAGACGCGCGUCCAUCCGCCGGCCCGCUCUGGUGGGAUUAAUACGCACCGCGGCGGAGAGCGCAGACGCGCGCAGGUGCGCGCAAUUACUGGAGGCGCUGCUGCGCUCCGUCUUCCAUAAACACGGAUCAGAGACGAUAUGGGUCGACUGUUUCAUUCCCAAGACGGAGGACAAAAUUACAAACAUCAAGAAGCACCUCUGCAAAGUUGUUUACGCAUCUCAGACAGCAGAUAAUACCAGGGAUAACGGGAGCCAGGCUUUGAGGCCAUUCCAAUGUUGGUUCAGGCCUCAGAGAAGGGAAGCCAGGGGCCAGACCAACAACAACCCCUCACACUGCAGGGAAAAAGGUAGCAGCAAGUCCUUAAAGUUCAUUCUUGACAGAGGACACAAACAUUUUCUCCCUUGUUUGAUAUUUUCUCUUAGCUAUUCUUUUUUUAGUUCUUUUUCCUGCUAUAUUGCUUAUCCCAUGCAGGAUUGUCUAAGAUCAGCCACUCUUUACUGGAUCCUAUUCAGAUCAGAUUUCAUGCAGUGAUGUAGAGAUUAUGUCAGAGGUUAAUAAAGCUUCAUUUGAGCAAAUCCUUUUCUUUUAUUCAUUUGCUGAUACUUAUGGCUCUCUACCUAGACUGAAAUGGUUUGGAAACCAUGAGAAGUGAAGCUAAAACAGACAAAAAAAGUUAAAAGGAAACUGAAAUGACUUUUUUUUUAAAGAAAGACAGAAACUCAUGACAAAAAAAAUUCUCAAAUGCAAACAGACAUUUUUAAAUCCCCCAUCUGUCAAGUUAUGUAAAACUUUCCAAAUAAACAAAAUCUCACAGUAAGUCAAUGUUUGAAUGAUUGCAGGUGAAAGUGGAAGUGCAGAAGAAGGAAUCCCUCUGAAAACCAGCAUCUUGUCUGCUGAAGCUCAUGUGAAUGAUAACCCGCUGGAGUAGGCGGCUGAGGUUGGGACACAUGACCAGCUCGUGGCCUAUCACUGUGGACAGCAUUGUUUUAACUGUGAAAAGAAAAUCUGGCAUCAUGGUGGAACAUUUCACAUGUUACAUUCCUCCGGUGCUCAAAUCCAGCCAAUGAGACUGCACGAUUUCUCUCCUGAAUGAUGCUACCUGGAAAAAAAAAACCAAUGUUUGGUCAAAAAGCAGUUUUGGACAUCAUUAGAUCGAUUGAUCACUGAGAUCUCAUUGUUAGGUGGAGAAAAAGACUACUGAAGACAUUCCAGCUCACUCAGCUGUUUAAUGCAAGUGUUUAAAUACUUAUCUGCGAACAAAUGCCACUGAGGCACAAUGUCAACUGAAAUUGAAGGCCUUAUAGGGAACUGACCAGUAUUUACUAUAUCCGGCUUUUGUCUGAAAAGCGUCUUCUUGAUGUCAAAAUUUGGCUUUAAAAGCACAUACUGUUAGUUUUAAACCAUAGUUCAUAUAUUUUGAAUUUGCAUCUUUUAGUUUGUGGAAAUACUGACAUAGUUGCUGCAAACGUUCACUCACUGAAGAGAAAACUGGACGAAAAGGAGAUUGUAAACAUGUUUUUUCUUUCAUUUAUCAGACUUCUGUGCCUUAGAUAAGUUUGUUGACAGUAUUAUUUGUCACAAAAAUGUAAGACAACUUUGUCACUUUUAAGGUAUUUAUGCCGGUUUGCCGAUUAAUGUAAAUAAAUAUCCUGUUGUAUACAUACAUUAAACCCUGUUGUAAGUUGCUUUAGAUAAAUGUCUCAACUUAAUGUAAUAUAAAACAAAAACAAAUGUCAUCAUCCUGUGGUAGCUAUCCAUGGCCUACUCAGGGGUUUAUACUGAAAUAGUAAGUGAAGUUGCAUCAUCAUGCUUUUUGAGAUUAAUGAUUUUAAGAAGGUAAUGGAAAUUGUGAAACUAAAAAAAGAACUGACAAUUUGAUGUCUUACUUUAACAGCAUCAGAGGUUGUUAUAUAUUAUCA